AUGCUCGGCAGAAACCUUAAUUAUGUCAAGCACAAAAUCAGGGCAGCCUACAAGGCGGCAAAAGUAGUAGCCUCACUGGGCAUGCUCAUGGCCAAUGUCGAUAGUCCCCAGCCGCGCAUGAGGGCACUACUGAUGCGUGCCGCUGAAGCAGUGAUGCUGUACGGUGCGGAAGUAUGGGCCGAGGCGCUGCGAAAACAGAAAUACCGCAAGCGCAUAGCCGCGGUACAGAGGAGGGGCGCCCUCCGAAUCGCGUGCUCUUACCGAACAGUCUCAGAGCCGGCAGUGCUAGUUGUCGCCUGGAUAAUACCGAUCGAUCUAUUAGCCCAGGAGAGGAAAUUCGUCUUCCAGCAAAGGUGUUUCGUGGGAAAAGAACGGGCAUUAAGGCUCGCCAGGUCUAUCAGCAUCAAGGCCUGGCAAAGUGGAUGGGAGCAGGAACGUAGGGGCAGAUGGACUGCUCGACUCAUCAGUCAGCUAGACAACUGUAUAAAUCGGGAGGUGGGAGAAGUUGAUUUCUACCUCACCCAAUUCCUGAGAGGGGAAGGCCUGUUCCGCUCCUACCCGGCUAGAAUGAGUAAGGUAGCAGACGCCAACUGCCCCUAUGGGGACUCGAUCAAUGACGACGCCCACCACACGGUAUUUUAUGUACUCAGUGGAGCGCCGAACGACUAG